AUGAAGUUCCAAGCCUCCUUCGUGACGCUCCUUGUGGUCGUCAGCGCCGCCAUCUCGGUUGCUGAGGCCCGUUCGCCCGUAACGGCCAACAAGCGCCCUUCCAACCUUAACCGUCGCGACGAGGCGAUUGCUCUUCAGAAGCGCGCCAGCGGCUUUGGCGGUUUCGCCGGCCGCCUCUUCCGCCGCGACGGUGGCGAUGACGGUGGAGACAUCUCUUCGCCUCAGGGUAACGGCGACGACGGCGCUCAGCAACAGGGCUACGGCAAGCAAGGCUACGGCGGUGACGACGGUAGCCAGCCCGAGGGCUACGGCGACUCGUCGGCCCCUGGUCAGCCUGGUCAGGGCAAGGACGAUGGUUCGCAGCAACAAGGCUACGGCGACUCAUCGACCCCAGGUCAGCCCGACCAAGGCAAGGACAACGGUUCCCAGCAGCCUGAUCAAGGCAAGGACGACGGGUCUCAAAAGCAAGGCUACGGUCAGCCUGACCAAGGCAAGGACAACGGCUCUCAGCAGCCCGACCAGGGCAAGGACGAUGGCUCCUCGCAACAAGGCUAUGGCGACUCGUCGGCCCCCGGCCAGCCCAAGAAGGACGACGGCUACGGCGCGCCUCCUUCUCAAAACGGCGGUCAGGCGCCCUCCGACCAGACCCCGCCCCAGCAGGGUUACGGCGGUCAGCCUGCACCUCCUCAGGGCGACUCGCAGCAGGGCAGUCAGGCUCCCCCUCCCUUUGGCCAGGACGACUCGUCGAAGGAGCAGGAGAAACAACAGAAGGAGCAGGAGAAGCAACAGAAGGAACAGGAGAAGCAGCAAAAGGAACAGGAGAAGCAGCAGAAGGAGCAGCAAAAGCAGCAGGAGAAGGACGCCAAGCGUCUCCAGAAGGAGCACGAGCGCGAGCAGAAGGACGCCGAGCGCGCCCAGAAGGAGUCGCAGCAGGGUGGUCAGGGUGGUGGUCAGCAGCCCGCUGCUCAGCCUGAUCAGCCCGGCCAGCCUGACCAAGCUCUGCCCGACCAAGGUGCUCCUCAAGGUCAGCCCGACCAGGGUACUCCUCAAGGUCAGCCCGGCCAAGGUCAGCCUCCCGCCAACUCUGGCAACGGUGGUCAGCCUAUCAGCCCCGACCAGUGGAAGCAGAGCCCCAUCCCCGUCCCUUCAGGUCAAGAUUCGGGUUCGGCCCCUGACAACUGCCCCAAGUUCCCCAAGCAGGGUGGCGGUGAGGCUGACAACGCGCCUUGCUUCGCCAAGGACGCCAAGCGCAAGGACAUCUGCUCGGCUCUGAAGCAGUUCGGUGUCGACACCAAGGCCGUGGGCUGCUCGGACGACGAGUGCUCCGAGGACGCCAAGGACUACUCGAACCACGCCUGCGACAAGAAGAAGCAGUGCGACUUUGGCUGGGACAACAGCUGCGACUUCUACCUGCACAUGGGCUUCAGCGACGUUUCGAAGUUCGGCUGCGGUGCUCAGAGCGCUCCCUCUAACGGCCCCAGCGGCGGUGAUGCUGGCAACCAGCCUCAGCCCGGUGGCGGCGACGACAGCUCUGCCCCGGCCCCCGGUGACGACUGCGACAAGGACGCUGGCUCGCAGCCUCAGCCUGACAACGGCAGCCAACAGCCUCAGCCCGACAAUGGUAGCCAGCAGCCUCAGCCUGGCCAAGACGGUGGUGACAACGGUGACGCGCAGCCUCAACCCGGUCAAGACGGUGGCGACAACGGCGACUCGCAGCCUCAGCCUGGUCAGGGCGCUAGCGGCGACGACUGCGACAAGGAUGCCGGCGCUAACGGCGACCAGUCUGGCAAGGACGACCAGGGCAACUCGCCUGACGACUAUGCUGGUAAGGGCGGCGACGACAGCACUCCUCCCUCCGACAACGGCGUCAACGGCAGCCAGUCUCCUCCUACCGACUACUCGAAGGGCGACAACGGCGACCAGUCUCCCCCUUCCGACAACGGCGACAACGGCAGCCAGUCGCCUCCUACCGACUACUCUCAGGGCGGCAACGGUGACCAGUCUCCUCCUCAGGGUGGCGACAAUGGUGACGAGCAGGCUCCUGGCGACAACGGCGACCAGUCUCCUCCCACCGACUACGGCAACGGUGGCGACAACGGUUCGCAGCCUGCUCCCAAGCCCGAUGACUGCGACAAGGACAAGUCGCAGCCUGGUGCUGACAACGGCGACUCGUCGCAGCCUGGCACCGACAACGGUAACUCGUCCAACCCUGGUGCUGACAACGGUGACUCGUCGAACCCGGGUCCUGACGACAAAGGCUCGGACAACGGCUCGUACAACCCCGGCUCGAACGGUGGCGACGCCGACAACAGCGGCAACGGUGGUGACGCUGGCGCUAAGCCUGACGACUGCGACAAGAACAAGGCGCAGCCCGGUGCCGGUGGUGACGACAGCUCAAACAGCCCUGGCUCCGAUGACAACGGUGACGACUGGGCUCACACUGAAGGCGGCGCUGCUGCUGGUGCCGACCAAGCCCUCCCCUCCCCCGGCAAGGACGAGAAGAAGGGCUACGGCCAGAAGUAG